AUGGAGGCCGUCAACGCUACCUCCAGCGGCUUCUCGUCUGUUCUGGCCGGCACCAAAUACGCCAAUGUGGCUCUUCCUCCUCAGGUCGAAUAUGUUAUCGAAGCCGUGUCUAACGCCGGCGUUUGGACUUGGGUAUUCACUUUCAUCGCUCUUUGCGUUGCGUAUGAUCAGAUUGCCUAUAUCAUUCGGAAAGGUCCUAUUGAGGGCCCAGCCAUGAAGCUUCCCUUCAUCGGCCCAUUUCUUGACUCCAUGGAUCCUCGAUUUGACGGUUAUCAUGCCAAGUGGAGCAGCGGUCCCCUGAGCUGUGUUUCUAUCUUCCAUAAGUUCGUCGUUAUUGCUUCCACUCGUGACAUGGCUCGCAAGGUCUUUAACUCACCCGCCUAUGUCAAGCCCACUGUUGUCGACGUUGCUCCCAAGCUUCUGGGGCACGAUAACUGGGUGUUCCUCGACGGAAAGGCCCACGUUGAUUUCCGCAAGGGUCUUAACGGUCUCUUCACCCGCAAGGCCCUGGAGAGCUAUCUGCCUGGCCAGGAGGAGGCUUAUAACACUUACUUCAAGCAUUUCCUCAAGAUGACUAAGGAUGCCGGCGGCAAGCCUGUCCCUUUCAUGCACGAGUUCCGUGAGGUUAUGUGCGCUGUGUCUUGUCGUACCUUUGUUGGCCAUUACAUCUCCGACGAGGCUGUCACCAAGAUCGCCGAGGAUUACUAUCUCAUCACUGCUGCACUCGAGCUUGUCAACCUCCCCGUUAUCCUUCCUUAUACAAAGUCUUGGUAUGGCAAGAAGGCUGCUGAUAUGGUUCUGGCCGAGUUCUCCAAGUGUGCCGCCAAGAGCAAGGUUCGCAUGGCCGCUGGUGGUGAAGUCACCUGCAUCAUGGACGCCUGGGUUCUGUCAAUGAUCCAGUCUGAGCGCUGGCGUGAGGCCGAGGAGAAGGGCGAGGGACACACCGUCGAGAAGCCCACUCCUCUUCUACGCAUGUUCAACGAUUACGAAAUCUCUCAGACUAUCUUCACCUUCCUCUUCGCUUCUCAGGAUGCCACCAGCAGCGCCGCUACUUGGCUCUUCCAGGUUACCGCCCAACGACCCGAUGUCCUCGACCGUGUCCGGGAGGAAAACAUCAAGGUCCGUAACGGUGACCCUAACGCGCCUAUCACCAUGGAUCAGCUCGAAUCUCUUACUUACACUCGCGCUGUUGUCCGAGAGCUUCUUCGAUGGCGCCCUCCUGUCAUCAUGGUUCCCUACGUCACCAAGAAGGCCUUCCCUCUGACUGAGAACUACACCGUUCCCAAGGGCUCAAUGUUGAUCCCCACCACUUUCAUGGCUCUCCACGAUCCCGAGGUCUAUGACAACCCCAGCCACUUCGACCCCGAACGAUACUACAGCGGUGAUGCUGAGGAGAAGGGUUCCAAGAACUACUUAGUUUUUGGUACCGGGCCUCACUACUGCCUUGGACAGGUGUACGCUCAGCUGAACCUGGCUCUCAUGAUAGGAAAGGCUUCAGUCAUGCUUGACUGGAAGCACCACGCAACCCCUAAGUCUGAGGAGAUCAAGGUCUUUGCCACCAUUUUCCCCAUGGACGACUGCCCCCUCACCUUCGAGGAGAGAAAGUGGUAA